AUGAUACUGAUAUUACAACAAGUUUUGACAAGCAAACUCUGGUUGAGGGCUUACCCCAAGCCAGACGCAGCCAAACAAGGUCGUAAGGGGAUUGCACACAAGUACCAACUUGUCGUGAUCACACCUGCGCUCCUGGCAUACGCGGCGGUAGUUCUUCGAUUUUCCCUGUCUUCGGAGACCCAUUUCAACGAUACAGGCGGGACAUUUAAUUAUAUCGACUUUUAUAACCAAAUUCGACGCUAUCUAGAGUCUCCGAAGUAUCAGAAAACCAACAAGAUACUUCUUGCUUGGUGGAAUAAGAAAAUUUUUCCGAACUCGGUACAGAGCCGCAACGAUGCUACAGGUGGGGACGAGCCUACUGGCAUGUUAUCGCUCCUUGAUGCGGAGAUAGAGAGGGAGCAAGGCGACAUGGGGGGCUCUGAAGAUGAGGAAUAA